AUACUCAACCCAGAGUAAAUUUUGUUGGUGCUUGAAAGAUCUUAGACAUGUCCGAUUCAUUUGCUACGAAAGAAGAAGCAGCCAAGAUCUUUGAUAGAUUAAGAAAAGAUCCGGCCAAUCAAGUCUGUUUUGAUUGUUCCAAUAGAAACCCUACUUGGUCGUCAAUCCCAUUUGGAAUUUUAUUAUGUCUUGAAUGUUCAUCGGUUCAUAGAAAUUUGGGUGUCCAUAUUUCGUUUGUGAAAUCGACAAACUUGGAUUCGUGGCAAAGAAUCCAAUUGAGAAAUUUUAAAUUUGGCGGUAACCAACAUGCUAAAGAGUUUUUCCAAAGACAUGGAGGUUCUCAAUAUGUAAAUAAUAAGAAUGGUGUUGAUGCCGUGGCUAAAUAUAACUCUCCCGUGGCUCAAAAGUAUAAGGAAAAAUUAAAGCAAAAGGCUAUGGCUGAUGCCAUCAAACAUCCAGAUGUUGUCACCUUGGAAGACACUACUGAUAAUUUAGAGAUUUCUGAUUCCGCUAGUGAAUCCACCGACGAUUUCUUUUCCAACUGGACCAAACCGGUUAACUCCACUCCAUCGCCCAUUACGUCCAAGAAUGUUUCUCCAAGUGUAUCCACCGACGAUUUAACCAAGAAGAAACCAAUAACUACUACUCCUCGUACAUCUACCACCACCACCACCACCACAUCUUCCAGAUUAAAGACUACAUCCUCCGCUGUCGGUGGUGCUAAAAAAUCUAUCUUAUUGAGUAAAGGUAAUGGACCAAGAUCUUCCAGAUUGGCUGCCAAGAGAAUAAACAAGUCUGAGCCAGCUGAUAUUGAUUUUGAAGAGCUUGAAAAACAAGCCAUAAAAGAAGCUGAAGAAGCCGCCAAGUUAGGAUACAACCCUAAUGAAAACCUCACUCCUACCCCGGCCCCAGCUGCCACUUUACCCAAGAAAUCUUUAUCUUUGGGCAAAUCCAAUGACGAUGUUGUUCUCACUCCAGCUCCAAUUCAAGAAACCACACAACAAUUCCAAAAAUUGGGAUUCGGUAUGGUUCAAGGUGAAAACAAUGUAAGUUCCGGACCAUCCAAACAAUACAAGGAAGUUAAAUAUACCGGAGAAGUGUCCAACAAGUAUGGUACCCAAAAGGGGAUUUCCUCUGAUGAAUUCUUUGGUAGAGGUCCUAGAUUCGAUGAGCAAGCCAAGAAUGAAGCUAGGCUGAAAUUACAAGCUUACAGUGGUGCCCAAUCCAUUUCAUCCUCUUCGUAUUUCGGUGAGGAAGAAGGAGCAAAUGGUGGUAGACCAGGUGGUCGUGGUCGUUCUGGAACUGGUGGAUUGGCUGAUAUAGAAGCAUCUGCACGAGAAUUUGCGUCAAGAUUCUCUGGUAAUGCUAAUCAAGAUUUGGAUGUUUUGAAGGAUGCUUUGGAAGAAGGUGCUAAUAAAUUAGGUUCUUAUUUAAGAGAUUUCAUGAGAUAGUCUUUUACAAUUGAAAUAUAAACGUAAUCAUUGAAGUUAUAACGAAUAUCGCUAAACUGGGAGGGGAGGGGGAUAAUAUAAAUGACUCAUAUAUAUUAUGGUGCCGACAAAGGAAUGCUCUGAGAAACUAUCAUGGCUUUCGUUUAUUGACAUUACUCUGCUGGGGUUACAUGUAUAUUAUCUCGAGUUUAAGCACAUUGUAAAUUAUACUUACAUGUAGAGUAAACUAUUGGAAGAAAAAAAAAGGUACUACAAGAAGCUGCCUACAUUACUUGAUU